CCUAUCACUCCGCGGACUCGCGCUCUUUUUAUUUCGCCAUUUUUCCGUUUCAGUUAUCGAUUGUUGUAAAAUUACCUCAGAGAAUAGGAGUAUUAAUUUUAUAGUAAUUGUCUCCACCCCGGUUGUUUUGUACAUUGUAAUUGAUUACUUCUUCUUAGCGGAAACUUUAGGAUAAUAUACAGCUACACCAGACACCUGCCAUGAGUGUCCUGCAGCUUUACAAGCGCAGCAUCCAGGAGAGAGCGGGACUAAACCGGAAUGAUUGCUUUCUUUUGACGUUUUACCCCUGCCUGCUGAGGUCAGAGGUCAGUCGCGGGAUCGUCUGCCUCCAGUGCGGCUGAAAGCAGAAAAUCUUCAUGGUGCCGCUGAAUUGCCACCCAUCAUGCGCAAGAGGCAAAACUGUGCCAUGCAUGCUGCCUUGAGCAGACACGGCUCGAGGGAGACGGACUCCUGUCUUUGGAAAGCUCAGUUCCACAUGGACCUCUGGUGUUACUUCACCCUCCAGAACUGGCUGCUGGACUUUGGCAGGCCUUUAGCCAUGAUCUUUUGUCCUUUGGAGUGGUUUCCUUUGAAUAAACCUAGUGCCGGUGACUAUUUCCACAUGCUGUACAACAUCACAACACCCUUCCUGCUGCUCAAGCUCAUAGAGCGAAGCCCGAAGACGUUGCCUCGCUCCGCUGUCUACCUGUGCAUCAUCACGUUUGUGAUGGGCGCCAGCAUACACCUGGUGGGAGAGUCCAUCAACCAUCGGCUCCUGCUCAGCGGAUACCAGCUGCACCUGAGCGUCAGAGAAAACCCCAUCAUGAAGAACCUCAGACCACAAACUCUGAUUGACUCGUUUGAGUUGCUGCAGUAUUAUGAUGAAAGUCUGGGUCAUUGCAUGUGGUAUGUUCCUCUAUUCCUCGUCCUAUUCCUGUAUUUCACUGGCUGUUUCACUAUUGUCAAAGCAGAGAAGACGAUGCCCAUCUCCGCUUGGCUUCUACUGGGUCCUAGUGGCCUUUACUACUGGUAUCUUGUGACGGAGAGACAAAUUUUCAUCCCGUUCAUUUUCACUUUUUUUACCAUGAUGGCUACAGUCGUGCACCAGAAGCGCAAAGGUUUUCUGCCUGACCGUAACGGACUCUUCCUGCUCUACAGUUUUUCACUAUCGCUCGUGUUAGUGACCAUCUGGGUCGCCUGUCUGUGGAACGACAAGGUGUUACGGAGGAAAUAUCCAGGAGUGAUUUAUAUACCAGAGCCGUGGGCCAUUUACACACUGCACCUCAGAGACAAACACGUGCCGCUCACAGACUGACCUUACACUCGACUCAUCAUACAGUUUUAUCAAAACGACAAAACCUCUUUAUUUAUAUGUUUAACUGUCACGUUGUGUCUUCAAAAAUGGACUUCCUAUGAAUUUCUGCAAAAAUGUGUGUGUGCUUUGUGUUUUGACUGUGCAAAGAGCCCAAGUCGUGCAAUAAUUCUAUUCUAUUUCUUCAUUUUAAGAUAAAAUACCUUUACUAAGUGUUGUUAACACACUGACAUGUUUCUUCUUUUUGAUUUGUUGAAGGAUUUGUUGAAGAAACUAUGUAUGUUACCUCAUUGUAUGAAGGUUUUCCCUUGUGUAAAAUAAUUACUUUUUUUUUUUCUUGUGAAGAUGCAUGUUUUACAUUUCUCCAUAGUGUAUAAUAUUUUUAAGGGAGGACACUACUAGCAAAAACCGGUCAGGUUUGAGAUUUUUCUGCUGCUUUGCUUUCAAACCGUGUCUUCUUUCAGAAUUUUGGAAAUGCAACAUGUAAUACACAUUUAAGUGUUUAUUUUAUUACACGUUUUAUGUAUUUGUGUCUGUAGUUUUUAAUUCCAAUACAUAUCUUGCUGUGAGAUUUUCCUCCGCUUCAGCAGCACUUAAACCAAAGUUUCUUUUAUUGAUGUCUAUAUUCUGAAGGUUUUUAUAGAAUUGUUUGCUCAUAUAUCAUUCACCUGAUUUUAUACAAUUUUAUUCCCAAAAUAUGGUGAAAAUGGUUUUAUUCUGUCUUUCUGUUGACAGUAUUUUCUGAUUUAUGGAGUGAUAAAAAGAGAAAUCCAAAAUCUCCUGUAAAAACCCCAAAAUGUAUGCUACACUCUUAAAAAUAAAGGUGCUUGAAAGGUUCUUCACAGUGAUGUAGAAGAACCAUUUUUGGUUCCACAAUGAGGCGUUCAGUCAAAGGUUCUUUAAAGAACAUCUCUUUCUUACCUGAAGUGUAACAGAAAGGUUUCUUUUGUGAGACAGAAAGGUUCUUCAGAUGUUAAAGGUUCUUAAUGGACCCAUUUAGACAAAAAAGGUUCUUCUGGCAUCGUGAAGCACCUUUAUUUUUAAGAGUGUGAUUAGUGCAUAUUUAAUAAAGUUCUCAGGAAAAAAAGAAAGA